AUGACGGGUCGAAUAUAUUAUCAAUUACCAGCGGGGGUUUUUUUCUUAUUGAUAGGCCUUUAUUCACAUGGCUGUGCGCUCAAAUGCUACGUAGGAUCCAAAGGUUUGUCUCAGAAUGGAAAGACCGUACAUAGUUUUCUUCCGAAUGAAUGCGAAGAGGAGAUGACACAUUGCUUUGAGUCUUAUUCCGAUGACAUGACACAAAUCACAGCUUCUUGUCAAUCACCAAACACAGAGCAGCGGUUACUUGAUGUCUGUAAGCAAGGUUGCCGAAAUCAUACUGAUCUCAACAUCACCAUUUGCUGCUGCGACUCAGAUCUUUGCAAUUUGCCACCGGAAGAGAAGAAGAGUAUUACGGACACCAGUCCUGAUGAGAACGAGACAGGCAGCAGUGACAAGCAGGAAGUCGUAGAAGUCGAAGUGAAUGAGAGGAACAGCACAUCGAACGCCACAGAGCUGGACGAAUUUUCAGCAUCCCUGAUAGAUCUACUUGAUCACUCGAAGUUCCUACGGUUACCACAUGCAGUUUAA